AUGACAGUGAUACACGUUGUCUUACUUAAAUUUAAGCCCGAUGCGAACGAAACAGCAAUAAAGGAGACGCUUGAGGAAGCGAUAGCACUGAAAAAUAAUAUUCCAGGAAUCUUGAGAUAUUCGGCUGGUAGCAAUUUUUCUAAUCGCAGCCAAGGCUUUACUCAUGGACUCGUUGUUGAGUUUGAAGGCAAACAGGAGCUGGAAGCAUACUCAGGUCAUCCCAUACAUGUACAAUACAAACAGAAUUAUAUUGCAAAAUAUGUAGAAGACGUCGUGGCCUUUGACAUGGAACUAUGA